GCUUUAAUUGGGAAUCCGAACACUCACGGUCCGAACACUAUCAUGUCGGAUAGUAGCACUUCUGGUACCGAAAGGCUGAGGAAUUUUAGUUCUUUGUUGCAUUAAAAAGCUUCAAACAAACUAACAAAGCAGGAAGUGUGAAAGCUUCAAAGGCCUGAAAACAAAAGACAGCAGCAGACAGCAGCCCGCAGAGCCCAGACUCACUGGAGCCACGAACUUAGGAGACGUUCCAGAGCCGCAGCACGACUACCCGAAAAUGGUGAAAGACUAAAACCCUGUGUGUGCAUUGGUUGAAGAGGAGCAGGCAGCAGCUGAGGAGAAUCGUUCACUUCCUUUUUCUUAGUCUGUCAUCUUGCACCAGUGCGACCUACUGCAGUCCCGCCUUUAGUUGUGUGCACACUACACCCCCUCUCCAUCAGUAGUGGUGACCCAGCUCUGGACAGCUUGCUGCAGGGCUCUUCCUGAGCAGCAGCAGCUGCGUCCUGCUUGCUGACUCCCCUCCCUCCCCCGCUUCCUGUCCUUGGUCAGACAAGGCUAAAGCCUCCUCUACCCUACCCCACCCCUCAUCUCUGUCGGCCUCUCAGUCUCUCAAACACUUCUACUGUUGACCACACCUUCAGAGCACCAUCUUAGGCUGCUAACUGUAGUUGGAGAUAAUUAAGGACUUGUGGUGGCCGUAGUCAGAUUAGUAUUGUCUCCUUGGACUGUCCAGACCUUGUACCAGCUUCAGCAUGACUUCCAUGUCCAGUCUCUUUUCCUUCACGAGCCCAGCAGUGAAGAGGCUCCUCGGCUGGAAGCAGGGAGAUGAGGAAGAGAAAUGGGCUGAAAAGGCAGUGGAUGCACUAGUGAAGAAGCUGAAAAAGAAGAAGGGUGCCAUGGAGGACCUGGAGAAAGCCCUUAGCUGCCCCGGACAGCCCAGCAAGUGCGUUACCAUUCCAAGAUCUCUGGAUGGCCGGUUACAGGUGUCCCACAGGAAAGGCCUGCCCCAUGUCAUCUACUGCAGAGUGUGGCGUUGGCCUGACCUCCAGUCGCAUCAUGAGCUGAAGCCCCUGGAUGUGUGCGAGUAUCCAUUUGGCUCCAAACAGAAGGAGGUCUGCAUCAACCCAUAUCACUACAAGAGAGUGGAGAGUCCUGUGCUCCCUCCUGUUCUGGUACCACGGCACAGCGAGUUCAACCCACAGCACAGCUUGCUCGUGCAGUUCCGCAACCUCACUCACAAUGAGCCUCACAUGCCCCUGAACGCCACCUUCCCAGAGUCCUUCCAGCAGCCACACAGUGGGAGCAGCAGCACUGGUGGUGGUGGUGGUGGCGGCGGCGGCGGCGGAGGAGGGGGUUCUUUUCCCAUCUCUCCCAACUCGCCUUAUCCCCCCUCUCCGGCCAGCAGUGGUACUUACCCCAACUCUCCUGCCAGCUCAGGGCCCUCCAGUCCAUUCCAGCUCCCAGCUGACACCCCACCCCCAGCCUACAUGCCCCCUGAUGAGCAGCUGGGCCAGGAGAGCCAGUCCAUGGAGACCAGCAGCAGCCUGGUGCAGCAGAACAUGCCCAGAGGAGAUGUGCAACCAGUUGAGUACGAGGAGCCAAGUCACUGGUGCUCGAUUGUCUACUAUGAACUCAACAAUCGUGUAGGUGAGGCUUACCACGCCUCAUCAACCAGCGUGCUCGUGGACGGCUUCACUGACCCGUCAAACAAUAAGAACCGCUUCUGCCUCGGACUCCUGUCUAAUGUCAACCGCAACUCAACAAUCGAAAACACCCGCAGACACAUCGGCAAAGGAGUGCACCUGUACUAUGUGGGAGGAGAGGUGUACGCAGAGUGCCUUAGUGACACCAGCAUUUUUGUCCAGAGCCGUAACUGUAAUUACCAUCAUGGCUUCCACCCCACCACAGUGUGCAAGAUCCCCAGUGGAUGUAGCCUUAAGAUCUUCAACAACCAGGAGUUUGCUCAGCUUCUUGCCCAGUCAGUGAACCAUGGCUUUGAGGCCGUCUAUGAACUUACCAAGAUGUGCACCAUCAGGAUGAGCUUUGUUAAGGGCUGGGGAGCAGAGUACCACCGACAGGACGUCACUAGCACCCCCUGCUGGAUCGAAGUGCACCUGCAUGGACCCCUCCAGUGGCUGGACAAGGUCCUAACACAGAUGGGUUCCCCUCUUAACCCCAUCUCCUCUGUGUCCUAAUGGUGGACUUGGGGGAGCGUGGUCCCUAAUCCUCUACAUUUUCUUUUCUUCUUUUUACUUAUCUUUUCCCCCCUCAGUGAUUUUUCUUUUUUUUUUUCUUUUUUUUUUGUAAUUUAAGUGGUCUUAAUGGCUGAACUGUUUACACUAAACUUUGGGAAGGGAGUAAACAUGACAAGCAAACACCUGGGGAGAGAAGAAUAAGGAACGCCCAAGUAGCAGGAACGACACAGACACACUACUGCUUGGCAAUGCAACAACAACUGACGGCUCCAUUGUCAAGCUGGAAUCUGUCAAAUGUUAAUUUUUUGCAUCAAGUUUUUUUGUUUUUUGUUUUUUUUUUGCAGAUGGUUUUAUUUCUCUGUACUUGUAGUUUUGAAUGAAGCAUUACUGUGUCACUACUUUGCCUUAUGUCCGACAGACAAAUUGGAAUUUUGCCGAACACUUUUCUUACAUUGUCUCAGUGUCCGAUAUUUACAGUUAAGAUAUAGACACAUAUGUUUACCAUUAGGCUGAGAUAUAACAAAUGCUUUCUUUUUAUAGUCUUUACUGCUAGAAAUGAACACUGAGCUACUGCCUUAUCAUGAAAGUUUAUGUAUGCCAACCUGAUAGUUUUUUGGUUUUUUUUAUAUGGGAGAUCAAUCACUGAACAAGUUUUAACAUGCCAUAAGCUAACAACAUUGUGAAUGUUACAACUAUUGCAAUAGAAGUAGUCAUUGAUUAUAUAAUCAGACAAUGGACAUCAUUAUUGAUUCUUGUUUGUACUUUCGAGUUCAAGUAAGAGUGACUGUAUUUUCCAUACUCACUGUAUUAACAUCAUUGUGCGCUCAUGGAUUUUGGAGGCAUAUUGAAUUUUGGCGUGGGUACCAAGGCAUUACCUUGAUAGAUAAUUGACUUCAUUAGCUCAAUUAAAUAAACAGGAUAUUUGAUAACAAUUGUU